AAACCGAAACUUAGAAAGAGGGGAAAUGGAAACUGAAAGAACUGGGAAACUGAAACUGUUCUUUGUUCUCUCUCUCUCCCAGAAUUGAGGAAGAAGACAGCGAGCUGCCUACUAACCAGGGCCUUAGCUUUCACCUCUGAGAAUGCUGUUCUCCGAUGACUUCAGUACUUGGGAGCAGAGAUUUCAAGAACUGAUCCGGGAGGAGAAGCCCGGGGCCAAGUGGACCCUACAUUUGGAUAAGAGCAUUGUACCAGAUGGUGCAGCUCUGGGAUGGAGGCAGCGGCAGCAGACAGUACUUGGCAGGUUCCAGUGUUCCAGAUGUUACAGAAGCUGGACCUCUGCUCAAGUGAAGAUCUUAUGCCACAUGUUCCAGGAUGCUUGUAAAACACAGGGCCGGGUACUCAUGAGGAUCUUUGGUCAGAGGUGCCAGAAGUGUUUUGGGUCUCAAUUUGAGAGCCCUGAGUUCUCCACAGAGAGCAUUGAAAGGAUUCUGAAUAGCCUGGUUAAUUAUAUUCUGCAAAGAUACUACGGACAUAGGAAGAAAGCAUCGAUCUUGAAUGCAUCUUCGGAUGAAAAGGUGCCUUUGGAUGGGCCCCAUGACAUAUUAAAUUGCGAGGCAUGCAGUCUGCACCCCCAUGGAAGGUGUGCCGUUGCACAGAGAGUGAGGCCACCCACAUCCCCAUCUCCAUCUCCAUCUCCAUCGCCAUCACCAAAGAGCCACAGUUCCUCUCCAUCAAAGAGCCACCCUCCUUUACUUCAGACUGAGAUUACAGGUUUUAGGAACAGGCCUUUUCAGGAAGUCAGAGAGCCUGGUGAAGCAGCAUCACCACUAUUAGUGAUUCUGUCUGUCGCUGCACUUGCCGUUAUUGGUUUCUUAAUUAGAUAAUAGGUUUAUCAUCUUGUUUUAAUCGCGUGGUGAUCAAUAAAAUGGAUGUCAUUUCAACGUGACAGUGAAUUCAUGUGGGAUCGUAUAGAGAAUAAACCUGCUUUCCUGGGCAUGCUCUGAAAAUGGCCUAAAACAUGGCCUACACAUAAUGGACCCAAUAAUAAAUCUGUGUUGAAUUGCUGAACUGUCUGUACUAGCUUUCUCACUUAUUGUUCUCAAGCAGUGUUGAUUAAAUCUUGAUGAUAACUAACA